AAUGGACAGUACUGGUGUCGAGCUGGACGAAGGACAGAGACAUUCUACACAAACUACAGUGACUCUCUGACACUGAACGUAUCAGUUCGCCCACAAGCUACACUGACUCUGGAGACUGAAUGGAUAGAGAUCUUCACCACUGAUCACCUGACCCUGAGGUGUGAUGUUCCUGAGAGCUCAGUUGAGUGGAACUAUACAUGGUACAGAGAUGGGAAUCAGCUUCAAGAAAACCACACAGGAUGGAGAUACACAGUGACCUCUGGGACCGGUCUGUACACCUGUAGGGGCAACACAACAAAGAGACCAUUUCACACUUCGGCCAGUGAACCUCUUACUCUGGACAACAUCUUGUUAAAGAGGAAGAUUCUUGUGUCUAUCUCCGGAUGUCUCAUCUUUGGUCCUUUUGCAGUUAUCCUUGCGUGUAUUUUGUUGAGAAUGAGCCGUAAGUCAGACGAAAAUUUGAAACCAGCAAGUGAGGAACUUUUCACCAUUGGCACACUAAAUUCAGGAAAGAUAAUUCCAAUUAAUGAAGAGUUUCAUGAUUUAAUACAUCCCUGGGAAAAUGGAGGUAAGGAUGCUGAAAAGGGAGAUGAAGCUUUAUCAGUAACUUCCCAUUUGAACUUAAAUUACAGCAAUAAAGGUUAG